CGGGUGGAGAGGGGGAGGAGACUCAGCGCGUGAAACAGGAAAGAUACUCAGCGCGUGAACGGAGAUCAAACGGUCAAACAGGGAAGAUCUUCAGCGCGUGAACGGAGAUCAAUCAGAGGAGAUAUUCAGCGCGUAAACGAAGAUCAGGGAAGACACUCAGCGCGCGAGCGGAGUCCAACCCCCCUGUAAGAGAUUCAGUCCUUCAGUAAUCAGAGGCUCGUGCUUUAAAUUCUCACGCGCACGGUUCCACGGGCGCUCGUGCGGGGGUUCCUGUCCGUCUCGAGCUCGCCGUCAUGGAGGUUUCUGGCGCGUUGCCAUGGAGCAGGUGCUGCUGGUGUGGUCAGGAUUUCACGAUCUAAAGCGAAACUUCCUGAAACACGACGCGUCCUCUUCCUCUGUAACGAGAUCCGAGAUCAAGCAAAACGCGUUUGAGGAAUUUAAACGAAACCCGAAAGCGACGCCUCGGGAUCAGGACUGAAUGAUUUAACAGCUGGACAGAAAUGCUGAUGUUUGUUGUACUGCUGUGUGGCUUCAUUUGUUCUGGACCUGGUGUGUGUGAGAGACUUACAGAGCAGAUAGAUGACAGAAAUGCAGUGUUUACAGAAGAGCGGGAGGCCAACGAGUUUUUAGGACGCCACUUGCUCUACAACCGAUUCGACUUUGAAAUCUUCACCCCAGGGAAUUUGGAAAGAGAAUGUAUUGAGGAAAUAUGCAACUACGAGGAAGCACGGGAGGUUUUCGAAAAUAUUCCAGACACAGAUGCGUUUUGGAAGAAGUAUACAGAGGCCCAGUCUGAGGGGCAGAAAAUCGAUGUGACCGCUCUGUUAGUGGGCCUCGUCGCAGGGGGCGUGGCCAUCAUCAUCAUGGGUCUCCUGAUCUGGUAUUCCUGCCAGAGACAUUGCAAUAAUAAGCCCAUCAGGACUCGUUCUAGACGCAGUAAUGCCUCUGUGAUCAUUAGGAGGCUGGAGGAGGUGUCUCUGCACACAGUCCCUGGGCCCCCUUCACCAGAUGAAGUAGAAUCGCAUGGUCUUCCUUCAUACGAGCAGGCCAUCGCUAUAACUGGUCCACACGAUGCUCCACCACCACCAUAUCCUGGGUCGAGACCAGGCACCCUUCGACUAUAACCCAUAUCGGUCAUAAACAAAAACCUGGAUUGGUUGCUUCUUAAUUUAAACCAGAAAUUGUAAUGUGUUUAAAUGUCUAUAAAUGUUUUAUUUUAGAAUCAUCACGUAUAUAAAGCUGGUUUAGUCAUAAUACUAGUAUUACACUAAUUACAAAGUUUUCAUUUAUGUGCUUUAUUUAUCUAAUAUUUGAAUGCUUCAUUGUUUCAACAUUUUUGCUUUGCUGUAUAAAGUAGCUAAUUGGCCAGGUCAUUUCAGUUUCCGACUGUAAAAGAAGCACACUAAGGUUAUACAUAGUAAAUUCAAAUUUUCUAUAAUGCAGUUGAUAGCUUGUGUCUAAUGAAGGAAAAUGGUGAAGAAACGUCUUAAUGAAGAAAGUGGUGAACACUGCACAUAGACCUCAGUUGAUUCUUAUUAACACUAACAAAACAAAUGAAACCAGCUUUACCUCGUUUACCUCUCAUUUUAAUAAUGAUGUGGCUUAUAAUAAAUGAAUAUUUGUUUGUUUUGUUAACUACACCUCUUAAUUUUUUUUUUUCAUCUUUUGUCUGUAACUGUGGAAUGAAACCACACUAAUCAGAGCACCAUUUUAUAAAUUAAGAUUAAUCCAGGUGUAUGUUUUUUAUAUAUAAAAAGGUGUGGUUUGGUGGAAAUAAAAUGUCGACCCAAUUCCUGUUUUUUUUUUUUUCUUAAUUUUUUAUGAAAAUUAUCUUUUUUUUACUGCUGAAAGAGCUAAUAUAUGUUUAA